AUGGUAAGGGAGGAAACAACUCAACCCAAGGAACCCACACAAGCGGGUAAAUACCCUACAGUAAAUCUCCCACAACUACCACUGCCCACAUUCGGUGGGAAUCCAAGACGCUGGAGGGAAUUUUGGAAUAGCUUUGAUACAGCUAUACAUCAACAAGCAAUUCCCGAUAUCCAUAAACUAAACUAUCUCAUCUCAUGUCUCAAAGGAGAUGCUUUCCAAGCUAUCAGAGGUUAUGACAUAACUCCGGAGAAUUACAGUAUCGUAAGAAAUGUCCUCGUCGAAAAGUUUGGGCAGCCUUACGCCAUCAAACGAGCCUUGUUCAGCGAAUUAUACUCCAUCAAAAAGAACGAUAGAGAGUGGAAAGCAACGCUUGAGGCCAUUGAGCGAACACUUCGACAAUUGGAGGCCAUCGGUGAGAAUUUAGAGCAGUCCGGUAUCGAAAUAGCUGUGGAAGGGAAAUUGCCAACCUGGAUCCUAGAACAGGUUUACAGAAGAAAGAGGCAGGAAUCGUGGUCUGUCACCAAACUCCGAAACUUCCUCACGGAGCUUGCAUCUGUGAACGAAGAAGUAGUACAAAGCCAGUCCCUAUGGUUUAAAGGGAAUAUGGAGAAUCAAUCUCCAAUAAAAGGCAAGCCAAGACCACGACACAAUCCCAAUGAGACUUCAGCCUUAACAAUCUCUGUUCCGGAGAAACCCAUCAUCAAAGCCCUAUCAAGACCUUGUGCACUAUGCAACAAGAAUCACUGGGAUGAAGAGUGCCAGAUUUAUCCCACUCUCAAACAAAGGCUGGAACGUCUGAAGAAACUAAACGCUUGCCUCAACUGCUUCAAGAUCGGACAUAUGGCAGCCAGAUGCAAAAACAAGAAACGGAAUUGCUUCCACUGCAAGGGUCAGCACAAUUCCGCGCUGUGCCCUAACAAAUUCAAGGAAAUGCCCAAUAAACCAGAGGAUCCAGACUCCACUACCACGACAAAUAUAAUAGUCGAAAAAGAGAAGAAACGUGACAAGCGCAUCCUACUCUUAUGCAAGCAGAUAAAUGUGUUCAACCCAACUAAUCCAAAUACUCAACAAAGGGCUUUAGCCCUAUUCGACGUUGGAUCACAAUUAUCCUUUGUUUCAAAGAACUUAGCCAAACAACUAAUGCUUAACGAAACAGAUGAAGGGAAAUUAAACAUCGUUCAUUCGGCAAAAAGGACCCGAACACGCACCUUACAACCAGAAUUGAAAUAG